AUGUCAGACAAGGAGCCACCAAGAGAUGGAGGCGGCGGAGGUGCCGGAGGUGAACCGACGGAAAAGAUUGAUCAAAGAGAGAGAAAGUGCGAUUCCUGUGGCAAAAAGGGCAAAAAAGUUUCCCUUUUUAGGUUCGGGAAAGGCAAGAAGCUGUUUCAACAGAGGAGGAAGCAUAGGGAUAGGGGUAGUUCUGUAAAUUCUGGGUGUUGUGCGAAAUGUGGCGGCGGUGCAGGUAGAGGUGGAUGUGGUGGUGGAGGUUUCUUGUGCUUCAAGCAACCGCGGGCUAUGGAUUCCUCGGGUGAGUCACCUACAAGUGAUUGUAAUAGUGGUGCGUUUAAUUGUGAUAUGUUGACGGCUUUGAUUGAGAAGAAUGAUUUUUACUCUAAAGAAUGCAAUCCCCAUCUGGAUAGGGAUGGCAAAGUGUAA